AUGAAGCUGCUGAUAUUGCUAUGCGUUGGAUUUGGAGUGGGAUUGGCUGCCGAGAUGAAAAUCGUGGACAAGAGUUUCGCAGAUUUCUGCAGUUAUGCUGGCGGACAACUAGUCUAUCAUAAUCCGAUUAAUGGGGUGAGUAGACCUUGCCACGUCAUAGCUCAGCAUCCGAUUAUCCACCGAAAUAAACACGCAACGCAGACCGCGCCGCGCCACAACACACAAAUAGGGAACGAUUUAAAUUCCCUCCUUAUUUGUGUGUUGUGGCGCGACGCGGUCUGCGGUGCGUGUUUAUUUCAGUGGAGCGCGUGGUAUCGAUAAUAUGUUCUAUUUUCCAGAUUCUAACCCAAGGUGAAGAAUGUAAAGAAGCGAAUUUCGCCGGGAUCUACGCCAGCAGUGACGCAGAAGCUGAACUCUCAUGCAAAUCACUCGGACCAUUUCAUCUCACCAAAUCCGGCCGCAACACUCAAGGCUUUAUUCAAUGCGACUUUGAAAAUCUAUUCAUCUGUCGACCCGCUUACACUCAAAUCCGCGGAAAAUGCUACAAAAUGUUCCACCACGCCAAAACAUAUCAGGAAGGCGAGAAAAUGUGUAGAGAUUCGGCGGGAAAUUCGCGGGAACACUCGCUUUAUUUUCAUACCGAUGACAAACUUGGAGAUUGGAUUCAACAUUUCUUCGAAGAUUUGACAACAGUCUGGGCAAGAGUUGCACCAGAAGGUCAAAGAUUCAUAGAAGCUGCCCUCGACACUGGUCCCAAUUAUGCUGUUUCAUAUUUGACUUCGGAGUUUUUCAAUGUUCGAUAUGGCAGUUUGAUAAAGAUCGGCGAUGAUGAUUUAGCCAUGGUGAUUUGCGAAUAUGUUCCUGAAGAUACCUAUAUGUCAUUGAGUGCAAAAAUCAAAAUUUGGCAGCCAUUUAUUCAUCCAGCGGUUAUAAGUGGGCAAUUUGUCGCUUGGCGCACUUUCAAUCAUCCAAUGCCUGAUUUUAUGAUGUGAGUUUUUCUGAAAUUUAGCCAAAAGAGCUUGAAAAAACGAAAAAAAACUAGGCUCCGUAAAUAAAAAAAUGAAAAAAAUUGACUCUUCGCUUCAAGAACGCACCGAAAUACGGUAGCACACAAAUCAGCUGUGCAUUUUUUUUAUUUUUCAGUUUUUUAGGGUUUUUUCCGGUUGUUUUGAGGAAAUUCGUUUUUUCAGACAUGGCAGCAUAUUCAAAGAUCAUCAAAAUCAAUGCAAAGCAUCGUUAAGUGCGUUAGCAGAUCCCAGCAAUGCCAAACUUUUCGAUCCAACCAAAAUACAAAUGAAAGUUCUUGCUGGGCGAAUGAAGGAAAAUAUGCUGUUUUUGGCGCCGUUUCGUGUAUGUGUAAAUCGUUAUUGGUGGUGUUCAGCUUCGAGUGCGUGGAAAGAACCAAACACAAACAUGACUAACUGUGGUACCAAGAAGACUCAAUGGUUUUAUGGUGGAGAUUAUGAUAUAUCAAAAUGUCGCCUGUGUGAGACAAAUGCCAGCCCUAAAGAAUUCGCAUUAGCCGUAUAUUUGUUGGUUCGUGGUGAAUCAGAUGACGACACAAAUUACAUGUUCCAACAAACUCGCCGCAAAGCCGCUCCAUUCUUGUGCGAUUUCAUGUUUCGUGGUGUACCAACUAUGGGAAGCUGUCCACAAGGAUUUUGGACAUUUGAACGAACUGAUGGUACACGUGCUUGUCAUAUUCGAAUCGAACAAUCGGUAAAUCGUGAGCAGGCGAGAGAAAUUUGCGCAAAACGUGGUGCAUAUUUGGGAGGCUGGAAUGAUCACGACGAGAUGAUGAAAAUUAAGAGUGAGUUUUGAUUUGCUAACUGGAUUUUGAUGAAAAUACAAAAAAUGUUUUUUAGAUAGUGGAACCGGUUGGCUUGGACUCAAAAAACGUCAAGAAUGUCGGCAUGCUAAUGGUGCAGAAGGUACUAAUUGUCACAUUUCGCGCAUUUUCUAUGACGAUGAUAAAAUGACAACGGAAAAUGGCAUGACAUUUUUGAAACAAGACGGACUUCUUUGGAAUCAACCAGAGGGUUCUGCUGAAUAUUGCACCACGAUUCAUAAUGAUAACGUUCAUGCAGGAAACUGGAUUCAUGACUGGGGGUUUGUUCAAUAGCUUUGUUUUCCUAGCAAAUCAUUGAGAUGUUUCUAUUUACAGAUGUCAAUACAGUUUCCCUGUUCAUUGCACAAAACUCGCCGAAUGGACUUAUCCACCAUUGAAAUAUACGUAUGAUGCAAACUUGAAACCCUAA